UAUAGUAACAAACAACACAUGAAAACAGAAACCACCAUUCAUCUGUUUAUUUUUGGAAAAACAUAAAUUUGUAGCUUUUGCUUUUCUAAAACCUCAUACAAAAAAACGUAAGCUUAAAAAAGACACCAAAAUUAAAUUACUUUCCCAAAGCUGUAAGUGGGGUUUGCUGCUGCUAUCUUUGUCUAGUGGAAGAACUACAAGCUGCAGCAGCUACACCUGAAUUGAAUCCUUUUAGUUGCAGACUUUGAUUAAUUUCAGAGAUAGAGAUAUAGUAGUGUUCUUUGUGAAGAUAUAGUUUCUUUUUCAUUGUGUGUACAAAAUGGGCUCAACACAGAGAGAUUCAGCUAUCAAAAAUGUGCUCAAGAAUCUUUGUCACUCUUAUGGAUGGUCUUAUGGUGUUUUCUGGAGCUUUGACCAGCCAAAUUCUAUAUUGUUGACUGUGCAAGAUGCAUAUUUUGAAGAGAAAAUGCAAGGUCUGAUUAAUAAUUUGCUUCCACAUGCACCAAUACUUGGAGGAGGGUUAAUUGGACAGGCUGCUUUAACUAAGAAGCACUUUUGGAUGUCCUCGGAAGAUAAUUACAUAGGACAGAGUUCUUCGGGCUCGAUCUGGGAUAUGUUUCAGGAUGAUUUGAAAUUGUUUCAGCAAUUUUCCUCUGGUAUAAAGACAAUUGCAGCAAUCCCUGUGGAACCACAAGGAGUGGUACAAUUUGGGUCCAUUGAGAAGAUUCCGGAGAAGUCAGAAUUCAUAAAUCAAACCAAGAGAAUGCUCAGUGAAAUUGUUAAUGGUAACAUACCAACGAUUUCAUCUUCUUCACCAAAUGGCUUGUUUGCCUCCUUGAUAUCGUCUGAAGAUCCCUAUUUUCAAAGCUGUGCCAACUAUUCGACUAUUCAAACUUCUUUAGCUUUUCCACCACAAUCUUUCUCUUGCGGUCUAGAAUCUCAAGUGAUGUUUCUUGACAAUAUUCAGCCUACUACACAUUUACAAUCAGAUAGUGCUCCAUGGAGCACUACUUCUAGUUUAACUUCUUUCAAGGAACCACAGCAAGAUAUGUUUGACUUACCAACAGAUUUUGGAAGCCUUGAUGAACUCUUCCAACCAGGAGAUUUCAAUAUCUCCCAGUGGUACUCUCAGUUUCCUGGACAAAGCAAUGUGGCACUAAAUGAUCAAUUGUUAUCACAGUCCACAGGAUAUCUUCACAUCAGUUCUGAGGAAAAAGUCAAUCCUAUGAUUAUUUCUGGAGCUGAUGUUGACCUGUUUACAAGUAACGGAGACUUAGGUGACAUUGUAACACCUGUCAUAAAUGAAAAUCAUCCAGGUUUCAGUCACAAUUCAGAAGGGUCAAAGUCAACUCAAAUAGUUGAUAAUGACCUGGCUACCCUUCCUCCAAAGAAAGGAUUGUUCUCGAAUCUUGGGAUCAGGGAGCUUUUUGAGGGUAUUUCUAGCACUUCCACCUCUUGUGUUGACGAUCAAGUGUCAUCUGCCUCGAAAAGAAGAAAAACAGGAAAUGGUAAUUCCUUGUUUGGGCAGAAGGGAGAGACCACUUUUAAAUCAGAGCCUGGUUUAUGGAUGGGUGAUGCUUAUAGCAUGGAUGGUUCAAGCAUAAUUUCACAAGCUAAGAAGCAAGUUGAACCUACGAAGCCCACUAAGAAAAAAGCUAAACCAGGGACUCGCCCGCGGCCCAAAGACCGCCAGAUGAUCUUGGACCGUAUGGCUGAGUUAAGAGAGCUCAUCCCCAAUGGUGAAAAGAUGAGCAUCGACUGUUUGUUGGAUCGCACAAUCAAACACAUGCUUUUCUUGCAAAGUGUAACAAAACAUGCUGACAGAAUAAAACAUGCUGAUGAAACGAAGCAUAAUGGCAUUGUUCAGAAUAAAUACCCUAGUGAUCCAAACAACAAUGGUGUGACAUGGGCAUGUGAAAUGGGAAAUCAAAUGAUGAUCUGUCCAUUAAUAGUGGAGGACCUCAGUACCCCGGGACAAAUGCUCGUAGAGAUGAUAUGUGAAGAACAUGGGUUCUUUCUUGAAAUAGUGGACAUAAUCAGAGGUUUUGGAUUAACCAUCUUGAAGGGAAUCAUGGAAUCUCGUGAGGAAAAAAUAUGGGCACACUUUAUAGUUGAAGCUGAGGAAAAAAGACAUGUAACGAGGCAUGAGAUAUUUGGAGCACUUGUUCAACUCCUACAAACAAUUGGGUCUAACGAUGCUCAUCUGGAUAAAAAGAUUAUGCAAACCGGGAAUUCUCUACACAACAAUUUCCAGCACCCUGUGAUGCAAAUCCCUGUACGUCUGGCAGACACAGGAUAUGGAAUGAACUUAUAACCUUAUAUCUAAGAAUACCAUGAGCAUUCACCAUGAUUGGUAUUCUAGAAAGAUCAGAAAGUUAUAUUCCUCUAUAGAGUUGCGGUUUUGGCCAGAGUUUUAGAAAUGAAGAUGUCGAUGGUUUGUCAAGUUUUUGGAAUGAAUGCAGGAAGGAUUCUUAUGCUUUGGUUUGGGGUUCUCGUCCUUUGUUUUUUGUUCUGAUUCUGUAGUGUUAUUUGUUGGUUUCUUUCAAGUAGUUUUUGGAAAUCAAAUGUUCAUAGUUUGAAAUUAACAAGAAAGAACCAACAUCAUUUGUUGGCUGAUAGCCACUUUGUAAUUAUAUCGAUAUAGGCUUUGGUUGCUGUUUAAA